AUAUAUAUAUAUAUGUCUUUAUACACCUAUUUGUAAUAAUAACCUUUUCAUUGACCCUUCCUCUCUAUUUUCUCAUCUUCUUUCGUUCAAUCCAAGGUUUACCAGGAAUCAUAAAAAUGAGCACUGAAAACGGUGAUGAACUAUCUCCACAAAGACGUGCCCCUCGUUUGAAUGAGAGGAUCCUGUCAUCUUUGUCCAGGAGGUCUGUUGCUGCCCAUCCUUGGCACGACCUCGAGAUAGGACCCGAAGCUCCAAGCGUCUUCAAUGUUGUCAUUGAGAUAUCAAAAGGAAGCAAAGUCAAAUAUGAGCUGGACAAGAAAACUGGUCUUAUUAAGGUUGAUCGCAUCCUGUAUUCUUCAGUGGUUUACCCUCAGAACUAUGGCUUCAUUCCCCGAACACUGUGUGAAGAUAAUGACCCAAUGGAUGUAUUAGUCCUCAUGCAGGAACCUGUCCUCCCAGGUUGUUUCCUUCGAGCUAGGGCAAUAGGUCUGAUGCCUAUGAUUGAUCAGGGAGAGAAAGAUGAUAAGAUCAUAGCAGUGUGCGCUGAUGAUCCAGAAUAUCGCCACUACACUGAUAUAAAGCAGCUUCCCCCUCACCGCCUAGCUGAAAUUCGCCGCUUUUUUGAAGAUUACAAGAAAAAUGAAAACAAAGAGGUGGCUGUUGACGAUUUUCUGCCUCCAAGUUCUGCUGUCGAUGCCAUCCAGUACUCCAUGGACCUGUAUGCCGAAUACAUAUUACACAGCUUGAGGAAGUGAUGGAUUCUCCUCAGGAACACAAAACAGAAUAUCAUAGUUAUUUACUACCCCGUUGAUUUGUUAAGGUUCUUUGGACUGUUAUUUUCUCGUUUUCUUGAUUUUUUGGGGUUGUGGUAUUCUAAAGUUCUACCGUCUUGGCAUAAUUCACCGUUGGUUUUUUAUUUUUACUAUAUUUCAAACGCUAUAUUGCAGUGGGCAAAAGCUUUGACAAUAUACUCGUUGAAAAUA